GGUGUCGCUGCCGCGCGGGAGCGCCGCUCCGCGACGCGCGCUCUCGUUGGUUUCUGAUGGCUGCUCUUUACUUCCGGAUGCUCCGCCAGUGAAGAGAAUGGCUGCGAUGUUUACGUGUUGUCUGGGCUGCUGCGGGGAAGGCGGAUCGGGGCACAUUCCCCUCAAAGAGAUGCCCACGGUGCAGUUAGACACCCACCACAUGGGCACAGACGUCGUCAUUGUGAAGAGCGGCCGGAGGAUAUGUGGCACCGGGGGCUGCCUGGCCAACGCUCCUCUGCACCAGAACAAAAGUUACUUUGAGUUUAAGAUCCAGUCCACAGGUGUGUGGGGGAUCGGUGUGGCCACGCAGAAAGUCAAUCUCAACCAAGUGCCUUUAGGCAGAGACACCAACAGCCUGGUCCUGAGGCACGACGGGUCCGUGUACCACAACAACGAAGAGAAGAACCGCCUGCCAGCGAACAGCCUUCCCCAGGAGGGCGACAUCGUGGGCAUCACGUAUGACCACGUGGAGCUGAAUCUCUACCUGAAUGGGAAGAACAUGCACUGUCCGGCGUCGGGGAUCCGAGGCACCGUCUACCCUGUCGUUUAUGUGGACGACAGCGCGAUCUUAGACUGCCAGUUCAGCGACUUCUAUCACACGGCUCCGCAGGGAUUCGAGAAGAUCCUCUUCGAGCAGCAGAUCUUCUGAAGGCCUCGUCCUCGCGUUGUCGCCCUCUUCUUAAUCUCAUCGCGACCUCUGUGACACUGCAGUCUGACCUUGAUCUGGAUGUUCUCACUGUGUGUGUGUGUGUGUGUGUGACCUGAGUUCACCUAGUUUUCUUUCCUCUCACCUUUUCUGCCUGAGACGACGGAGAAAUCCUCCAAGACGUCGGGGAUUUCUGAUCACUGAUGGGAAAAACCCUGAUUUUAUGACAGUUGAGUGUAUUAACCGAACGACUCUGAGUCGCUGCUUUCUUUCACAAUCCGUGUACACACACCACCAGACAGCCGACACACUGCUGAGUUCACCCCAUUUCUGUACGAUGAGGAGCCGUUUGUUUUUAGGUAUCUGAAUGCCACGCUGGCAUCUCCACACACAAGCUGUAUUUAUUUGUAUUUAUUCAGUUCCAGAUCAAACAUGUCUUUUCUUUGCCUUGUGAGACUUUGCAUACUAACAAGAGGCCGAUUGUCCACAGAAACAGUCAGAAUGAGAGAGACGAGGGUUACAGGAGAUGGUUCUGGUAGAGUGAUGCACACUAAAGUGUCAGAGGUUGCGUUUGGUGCUGGAAGAUGUUUUCCAAAAUGAAGCGAUGUGUUCUAAGCCUCCCCCGAACAGCUCUUUUGUUUUCUUGUCCUGGUAUCGUUGGAGUUAUGAGGAUAUGAGCCGGUGCCGAUCGUCGCUGAUCGGAUAUCUAUCUGAAGGUCUGUCGUGUUGUGUUGGAAUCUCAUAUCCUGCUGCUGAGAUGUGACAGCUCUGUAUUUCAAACGCUUGCCUCUGUUUGCACUAAUGAUGUUAUUGUACAAACCCAAAUAUCGUUGAUUCAUUAAACUUUUGUGUCUGAAAGCAUC